AAAGAAACAGCACGACUUUUCCUGUGGAACCAUUACCGAACCAACCGAGAAGAAAGAGAGAAAAGACUUGCAUUAAAAGCCCAACUUACUUUCAAAUGCAACCUGAAUCUUAUUUUGUGGAAGCCCCAUUUGGAGGACUUCAUCAAAGAUAGCGUUGCCCUAAAAACAAGGAGCGAGGAAUCCUACCAUGGCGCGGUACGGCCCAAAGAAUAGCCGUAAAUAGCCCAGAAACUGUGGAAGCAUCAGUAAAUGCAGACUGCGGUUAUCUCCAAGUCCCGACCCCAAAUUCGGUGUUUGUUUGUUUCAGAAAUUAACGAUGGCCGCUGAGUCCCAGUCUCCAAGUUUUGCGCGGAAAGUCGUUGUUCAUCUCAGAGCCACUGGCGAUGCCCCUAUACUCAAACAAGCCAAAUUUAAGAUACUUGGAACUGAAAAGUUUGCAAAAGUGAUUGACUUUCUUCGGCGGCAGCUUCAUCGGGAAACAUUGUUUGUUUAUGUCAACAGUUCGUUCGCACCAAACCCAGACGAAUUGGUAAUCGAUCUGUAUAAUGAUUUUUUACCUUAUUAUUUUCAAUUCCAAAAUUGAAUAAUUAGCAAGAAUUGUAGAGGGAAAGGGAGGUGCAAGUUACUGGCGAGAUAAUGUUUGUUUUUCCUAAUAAGCAAGGAGCUGAAAUCCUAGUUAUUUUUGUAUAUUGUUUUUGUAAUGUUAGUAAUAUUGUCUUUCCCUGAAAUGUCACAUUUGACUGUGAAUGUCCAAUUUAGUUUAUGUGCUUAUCUAUUAAAUGUUCAUGGCUAGUGUACAUGUCACCAUGACUCAAUUAUCUUCUGGGACA